CCGCUGAUUUAUUGAAGUUUCUAAAAGGUUCCGAGGGUAAAACCGCCAACAGUUGUAUCGGUUUCAUAACCAUUAACUGUGGACACUUGACUUAUUUCAGUUCUCGUGUUUUGAACAAAUCUUCUUGAAGGAAAAACACAGACUUGUAUUGCAUGUGGAUCCACACCGGGGCGCUGGAUUCCCUCUCAAACCAAUUGUGCAAGCGCGUGCAGAGCAGAGCGCAACUGGGGAACUUGGAAGCUCGCUUAAAUCUCACAGCAAAUCCCUUUAGCCGUGUGUGAGUUGACAUGGCUUGACUGAUCUCUUGAGGGAAGUUUCAGGAAAUGCAACAGGUGGCGGAGCGGAGGGAAUGAACUGUGCACUGUCCUCUCGUUAGCGUCCCCGGCUAGCUGCUGGUAACGUUACUUAAAGGUGCCAGUGUUGGGAGUCGGACAGCGGAACCAAACUGCGCACUCCUUCACACGGUCAGCUGGCACCAUGGAUGACAACAGCCUCAGUGACUCCAAUGUAAAGGUCGCUGUUCGUGUGCGACCACUGAACAGGAGAGAAAAAGACCUAAAGACAAGAUGUGUGGUGGAGAUGGAGGGGAACCAGACAGUUCUGCAUCCGGCCAUCGCCAACAUGAACAAAGGAGACCCCCGAAAUCAGCCAAAGGUUUUUGCCUACGACCACUGCUUCUGGUCAAUAGAUGAAUCUCAAAAAGACAAGUUUGCAGGUCAGGAUGUAGUGUUCCAGUGCCUCGGGGAGAGUCUGCUGGACAGCGCCUUCAUGGGCUACAACGCAUGCAUCUUUGCUUACGGACAGACAGGCUCUGGGAAGUCGUACACCAUGAUGGGCUCAGCGGAGCAGCCCGGUCUGAUCCCGCGGCUCUGCAGCUCCCUGUUCGGCCGGACUGUGAGGGAGGCUCGGGAGGGAGAGAGCUUCACCGUGGAGGUCUCCUACAUGGAGAUCUACAACGAGAAGGUCCGAGACCUGCUCGACCCCAAAGGAAAUCGCCAAGCGCUGAGAGUGAGAGAGCACAAAGUUUUGGGUCCUUAUGUUGAUGGCCUGUCUCGCCUGGCUGUGUCCUGCUACAAGGACAUAGAGUCUCUGAUGUCGGAAGGAAAUAAAUCGCGCACCGUGGCGGCCACGAAUAUGAAUGAAGAGAGCAGCAGAUCCCACGCUGUGUUCAACAUCAUCCUCACACACACACUCAUGGACCUACAGUCUAAGACGAGCGGAGAGAAGGUGAGCAAGCUGAGUCUGGUGGAUCUGGCCGGCAGCGAGCGCGCAGCCAAGACUGGAGCAGCGGGGGAGCGGCUGAAAGAAGGGAGUAACAUUAAUAAGUCCCUCAGCACUCUGGGUUUAGUUAUCUCGGCCUUGGCUGACCAGGGAGCAGGGAAGAACAGGACCAAGUUUGUUCCCUACAGAGACUCUGUGCUGACCUGGCUGCUCAAGGACAGCCUGGGAGGGAACAGCCGCACAGCCAUGGUUGCCACCAUCAGCCCGGCCGCGGACAACUAUGACGAGACGCUGUCCACCCUGCGCUACGCCGACAGAGCCAAGAGCAUCGUCAACCACGCCGUGGUCAACGAGGACCCCAACGCCCGCAUCAUCCGACAGCUCCGAGAGGAAGUAGAGAAACUGAAGGAGCAGCUCACCGAGGCCGAGUCUAUGAAGGCCCCCGAGCUGAAGGACAGGCUGGAGGAGUCUGAGAAACUUAUCCAAGAAAUGACAGUCACCUGGGAGGACAAACUCCAGAAGACUGAGGCUAUUGCGCAGGAGCGUCAGAGGCAGCUGGAGAGUCUGGGCAUUUCCCUGCAGUCUUCUGGAAUCCGAGUGGUGGAUGACAAGUGUUUCCUGGUCAACCUUAACGCUGACCCUGCCCUCAACGAGCUGCUGGUCUACUACCUGAAGGAGCACACGUGCGUGGGCUCGGCCAACUCGCAGGACAUCCAGCUGUGCGGGAUGGCCAUCCAAGCGGAGCACUGCAUCAUCGACAUCACCGAGGACAACGGCGUGGUGCUCAGUCCUCACCGCAACGCUCGAACAUGUUUGAAUGGUGCUGUCGUCACCAGUCCAGUCCAGCUUCACCACGGUGACCGAAUCCUGUGGGGAAACAACCACUUCUUCAGGAUCAACCUGCCGAGGCAUAUGGUCCGCGCGGUAGCUGAGGACGAGGAGAGCGGCGCUGCGAUGAAGGCGUGUUUGAGCACAGAGCGGCUGGAGGUGGACUUUGACGCGUCCAGCGACGUGUCGAGCGAGCUGAGCUUCGGCUACGAGUUUGCUCAGGCCGAAGUCAUGAUGAAAGGCAUGGGCAACAACGACCCUUUGCAGGCGGUGUUACAGACCCUGGAGAGGCAGCACAAGGAGGAGAAGCGCUGUGCCCUGGAGCGCCAGAGGCAGAUGUACGAACAGGAGUUGCGGCAGCUCCGCCAGAGGCUUACUCCUGAGAAACCCUCACGCGUCCUGGACCCAGCGGCCGCUGCUGCUGCUGUGACAUCACCCAGCUCCAACAAGCGCAUGCGCCGCUGGAGCGAGGACAGAGAAGCGAUGAUGACUCGCAGCCUGCGGCGCCUGAGGGAGCAGAUAGUCCGGGCCAACCUGCUGGCACAGGAGGCUGGCUUCAUCGCCGAGGAGCUCAGCAAGAGGACGGAGUACCUGGUCACUCUGCAGAUACCUGCUGCCAACCUGGAUGCCAACAGGAAGCGUGACGUAGUAUUGAGUGAGCCGGCCAUCCAGGUUCGCCGUAAAAGUAAAGGGAAGCAGAUCUGGGCUCUGGAAAAGCUGGAGAACAGGCUGGUGGACAUGAGGGAACUCUACCAGGAGUGGAAGGACUUUGAUGAAGACAACUCUGUGAUGCGCUCCUAUUUCAAACGUGCCGACCCGUUCUUCGAUGAACAGGAGAACCACAGUCUGAUCGGUGUGGCCAACGUUUUCCUGGCCUGUCUGUUCCACGACGUCAAGCUGCAGUACGCAGUGCCCAUCAUCAACCAGAAUGGAGAGGUGGCCGGUCGGCUGCAUGUGGAGGUGUGGCGGGGUACAGAGGGCUCUGAGGAGGAAGGCCCUGUACAGUCUGUACUUCAACACAGCAACACAGACGGAGAUCAACAGGAGCGCAAACUGGACUGUGUGGUGAACAUCCUCCAGGCCAACGGUCUGCCUCGCCACUUGUCCAACUUUGUCUUCUGUCAGUACCACUUCUGGGGGCAGGACGAGUCGGUGUUCAUCGCUCCAGAGAUGGAGCCAUCCAGCUCGUCCUCCACCUCCAGAGACCCUCAGUGCACUGUGGUCUUCGACAGCGCCAAGGAGUUCUCUGUGCCGGUGUCAGAGGACUUUGUGGAAUAUUUGGCAGAGGGGGCGGUGGCCAUUGAAGUGUACGGCCACAAGCAGGCCAACCAUCGGAGGAACCUGGCACUGUGGGACCUAGGAGUGAUUCAAGCCAAGACCCGAACCCUCAGAGAAAGGUGGAGCGAGGUCACCCGCCGCCUGGAGUUGUGGGUGCAGCUGAGUGAGCUGAACGAGGCGGGAGAGUUCUGCGCUGUAGAGGUUCUUCCCGCCAAAGACGUGCGCACAGGAGGAGUCUUCCAGCUCCGACAGGGUCAGUCCCGCCGGGUCCAGGUGAGGGUGCGUUCAGUACCAGACUCGGGCACAAUGCCCCUCAUCGCUGCCUCUAUUCUCUCUGUAUCCAUCGGAGACGUCAAGAUCCGACAGGCGCGUCUCUCCAAAGGCAGUGAAUCACAAUGGGGUGGGGAUGAAGAAAUGGACAGCUACCAAGAGCUGGACCUGGAAAGGAUGAGGGAACAGUGGCUGGCCAUGCUCACUCAGAGACAGGAGUAUCUGGACCAGCAGCUACAGAAGAUAGUUUGCAAACCAGAUAAGUCAGAGGACGAUGUGGAAAGGGAGUCCCAGCUGCUGGAAUGUCGUCUGACGCUCACCGAAGAACGCAACGCCGUUCUGGUGCCGUCGGCCGGCAGCGGCAUCCCCGGAGCGCCGGUAGAGAGGGUUCCUGUCCCUGGCAUGGAAACACACAUUCCUGUCCUGUUCCUGGAUCUCAGUGCUGAUGAUUUCCAGGCCAGUCUUUCAGCCCCACUGGCAGGGGGGCUGGAUGCGUUACUCAGUGGGGAGGAGGAGGAUGAAUUCUUUGACCUUCACAUUGUUAAACGCUAUGAUCCAGAGGUGAAGGUGGAGGCCUCCUGGGACUCAACGGUCCACAAAUGCCCCCAGUUGAGUCGCGUGAUGUCGGCUGACCAGAGGGUCUACCUGACCGUCAGCACAGUGGUUCAGCUGAGCCACCCGGCCCAGAUGCAGCUGGUACUCAGGAAACGCAUCUGCGUCAACGUCACCGGGAAACAGGGUUUUGCUCAGAGCCUGAUGAAGAGGAUGUCUCAGCGCAGCACCAUCCCUGGCUGUGGAGUCACCUUUGAAAUCGUUUCUAAUAUCCCAGGGGACAUCCAUGGUCCAGAGGACAGGGAGAUGUUGGCCAGGCUGGCUGCCAGCACCGAGGACGGCCAGUCAGCUGGCAGUGAGGCGGCCAUAGAGAAGUACCUCCGCAGCGUCCUGGCUGUGGAGAACAUCCUCACUCUGGACAGACUCAGACAGGAGGUGGCUGUUAAGGAACAGCUGGCAGUCAGAGGGAAAGCUUCCACACGCUGCCUGAGCUCUCCAAACAUCCAGCAGCUGUCAGCCAACAGUCUGGAUCGCUGCUCCUCCUCUCAUAGGCUCAAUGACGUCAAGGGCUGGGGGAGCCACCAGGACCUUUCUUUUGUGAGUCCUUCAUCUAUACGCACAGUGCCUAGCUCCAUAUCCCAAAGCCUUCACCCAGAUACAGCGCAUUCAGGCUUCGCUGCGUUUUAUCUCCCUCCAGUGAAGGCCGUACCCAAGCUGCUGAAGUCCCUGCUUCCUGGUGGGAAAGACGAUGCUAGAGACCAGACAGCCGUUCAUCAGCAGAGUUUGCCUCGCAUCAUGGUGCAGUCAGCCAGUGUUGAUGAUGACAUGAGCAAACACCAGCAGCUGGUUCCCAUUGAGGAAAUCAUUCCUCCCGACCUCCAAACAGAAAGCCCCAGAUCUGUGCCCCUCCUGCCGCCUUACAUCCCGGAGACGGAAGUGUCCACCCACAGCCCGGCGAGCGAAGCAUCGAGCGGAUACAUGUCGACGUGCAUCUCUACGGCAACGCUGUCGGACGUCUACACACUGAGCUGGGACUUGCCUCCGUCAUCCGGCAGCAGAAGCGACUGCUUCGAGAUGGUGCCAGAUGAAGAGGAAGAGGACGAUAAAGCGGCACAAUCUGACACUCACCCCGCGGCUUUCCCCGUGGACCAAUCAGAGCCUCAGGAGUCGUUGCUGCUUUUGGUCGAUGAGACCGCUGAAGAGAGGACGGACUCGCCACCGUCCAAACAAGACGAUGCCCCUUCGGAUUCAAUCCUAGGUCAACAAGAACAAAACCAGUCUCCGUCAGUCAAGUUGAAGGAGCAUGAAGAGCCGGAUUCAGGUGCCGAAUCAGACGCGUUACGCCAGAUCAAACAAAAGCAGGACUCAGCUACUGACCAUAUUGGAUCAGAACAGUUCGACAAUUCAGAGCCGGUUAAAGAUUCAUCGGUAGUGCCAGAGAAGGAAACCAAAUGGACCGACGUUUCACAAGCAGACCACUCAAAACCAGAAACCCCUCUGACAGAAAAACUCGAGCUAGCUGCCACCGACGAGACCGAAGCUGAACCACCGCUCCGCUAUGAACCACCGACGCAACAGUCUGCACGAGAAGGUCAAAGUCAGUCCGAUACAAUCGUGCCACGGCAGCCCAAACACGACCAAGAACCCUUCAACAGUGCCCAAGAUCCAGCCCCAAACCUGGUGCCAGAUGUGUGCCAAGUCUCGGUUCCAGCUCCUGCCCCGUCUGGAGAUUUGGUUCUUCUAUCUUUGGCCGAAGAACAAGCCACUUCCGAGGUCUCCAACUCAAAUGGCACCUCCGCCCCGACUUCAUCCUCAACCACUAAAGGAGUCCGACAGGAAGCCAACGCGUCUAAGAAAGCCACCGCGGCCCCAGAUCCUUCUCCGUCCAGUGUUCCGCCCUCCAAACCGUAUGCCUCAGUGGCAAACCCCUUCCAGAUCCAGAAAGUGAAGUCUUCCGACCUCCGGUCCUUCCAGCGUAUUGUGGGCGAGGAGGAGGGUAAGCCUGCGCUGGCGGACCGGGCCAGCAGCCUGGGGGCGGGACUUAACCUCCCCGUGCCAAUGGAAAACCAGGAAAUGAUCUCCGACUCUGAGGAAGGAGAUGCUGCUGCAGUUCUCCCCGACUGGUUAAAAGAAGGCGAGUAUGUGACCGUGGGGAACAACAAGAGCGGCACGGUCCGUUACGUUGGACCCACCGAUUUUGCAGAGGGUACCUGGGUGGGAGUGGAACUGGAGGUACCAGCAGGAAAGAAUGACGGUUCAGUGUGCGGCAAGCACUACUUCCACUGUAACCCUGGUUACGGCGUGCUGAUAAGGCCAGACAGGGUGAGCAGGGCCAGUGGCAAGCGCCGUCGCCAACAGCAAAAGCGCCGUAGCGCCAACCUGUCUGGAUCCAGCCCCAACCUGGCAGCCCUUACCGCGCUGGCCAAGGGCGGAGGUGGUGGGGCAGCGCCUGGCCGCAGCAGAGGAGAGAACCGCAAGUCGUGGAACACCUGAGAGGCUCGGUGUCUGCUAAAUGACUCGCCGCUGGACAAACGCAUGCAGCAACUGGCUGACAUGACUAUACAUCUCAACAGCGUGGUUCCAGACGUAAAAAAUCCCAUCGAUUUUUCUCCAUAAGGAUUGUUGUUACUAGCCAUAACGUCUAAACCAUCCGAGGCAGACUGACCACGAGCUACGAGGUUGGGAAACAAAGGUUUAUGUUCCUGUAAAAGCUAGAAAUCCGUAUUAAAUCAACCUUAUUUUAAGAAACACGUUUUAUUUACGAUCUUAUGGAGAAAAACGACAAUCCUUAGCAUAACAGUGACGUCUGUUAUUGGUCGGAACGGCUAGAUCGAGCUUCUACCAUUGAAGUCCGUGAUAGUUUCUCUACACAGUCUUUUUUUGCCGUUUUCAAAAUAAUUUUUUUUUGUGCCAAAUCAAAUCUUUAAUAGUCAUGAUUGCUCUCGUUGCUAGUUGGCUUGGAUCCAGACUUGAAACUCUUUGUAUAAGCAAUUUUUGAAACGUCAAUGGAGCAAUUGAAUGGGGGGGAAAACCAGAGCCGGAAAACCUUCCGGAACCAGAGCCAUUAAAAAAAGUGGGCUAUCACUGUUGAGCUAUAUAGGGUACGCUUUCAGAAAGAGUGACAAUACAGUAUUUUAUUUGGGUAGUGGGCUAAAGGCUCCACUGGAUCUGGUCCUUUACUGUAAGUUUGGGCAACUCAUGAUUGAGUCCGCGUUCCUCUGUUGGGAGAUGACAGGCUGUAUCCUACCUAAUCUACUUAAUAAUUAGGGAACUCUGGAAAAAGUUUUUUUUAAAUCUGAAAAUAGGAAUGUUUUUAGGUAUGUUGAUGCAAAUAACCUUUUCUCUAUAAUUAAUUUCAUGUCAAAUGGCAAGCAUGCCCUAGAAUUAGAUCCCUACACCAUCACCCAGGUUCAGCAUGAAGGUGCACGGACUAUUGACAACGUUCUUAUUGCUUCUCAUGACUAGAGUAGAUUCCCCGUCAUCAACCAAUCAAUCAAGCAAGGCUGCUCUCGUGAACCCUCGUUCAUAGCUCCUCAGUGAUCCCUCCUCGAUCCUAGCUCCUCGGGGCAGGAAUAAGAGCUUUGAGACAGCCUUCACAAAAGGAGGGCCAGAACAACUUUCCAGGUUCAACCACUGACUGUAAAUAUUAGUGGACAGCGCACGUGUGACGUUCACCCAUUGGUUUGUGGAGAUCCACUAUGUGUCGUCGAGUUUGCGGAUGUGACUAUUAGAGAUUUAAACGUCCCGACCUCGAAUGUUGUGGGCGGGGCUAAGUUCGGCUGGCAUCUAGGCUAGGUUAGUGUAGCAGAAGGUGCCAUUUUCCACAUAACCAACGUAGCCCCGCACCACCUCCACGCCGACCAAUACGACCGCGACAUUGGUGGUUAUCUCAGUUUGAAAUGGGAUUUGUUCCGGUGGCACAGAUUACAAUCAAAGGACUAUCUCAAUAUUAUUUAUUUAUUUUACUCUCGUGCCUUGAAAUAUUACGACUACUGCUCAGCCAACGUGCCUUAGUGACGUACCUCCAAAUGAUGUGCUGUUAGGUUUUUAAGCGGUUUCACUGGAGCUUCUUUUAGCUCUUGAAUGUACUUUUGCUGUUUUAGAAAAAGAACUUGCAAUCCGUUUACGGAUAAAUUCUACUGAAAUUUUGCAACAUUUUUAAUCAGCUUUGUGUCCGAGCAAGUGUGUCAACAUUGAUUGGAAGUGACUUCAUUUUAACUAGAGAUAAUGUGUGGCAGUUUUUUUUUUUUUUUCUCACAAUCACUUUUUUAAUUAUACUGUGUAUGGGGAUACUUGAGGGAUUUUGUUGUUUGGAACGCAUUCAGUAGACCAUUGUGUCUGGUAAAUAAGAUAUUUUAUACAAUGCCUGAACGCUUAUUUAUUUAAAGAUUAAGAAUCAUUGAUAAUGAAAAGCAAAAUCAACGUUUUAUAUUGUUAAAUAAAUUUCAUUCUGCUCUUGUCAA